AUGCUGGGCGCAGUCUCUGCUAUUUUGCUUUUAUACCACAUUAUUAGUAUCCGAGACACAAUCGCUGUCCAACAACAAAGCGACGACCACCUCAAUCCGAUCAAGAAGUUAUUCCGCCCACGACCCCCCGUAUGCGCCCAGAUACAAGGCUUGGAAGACAUUUUUGUCGUCCUAAAGACUGGCGCCAACGAGGCCCACGAGAAACUGCCAGUCCAUUUCGCCACUACACUGCAGUGUGUCCCCAACUAUGCCAUCUACUCGGAUCUAGAAGAGACCGUUGCCGGCCACCAUGUCUAUGAUGCCCUCGACAAGAUCAACCCCGAAAUCGUCGCGACACACCCUGAUUUCGUGUAUUACCAGAACUUGAAAAAGGGCGGUACAGGCGCCUUUUCGGCCGAGGAGGUUGAAGAGUGGAAACAUGCACAGAAUAGUGUUUUUGGGCGCGACAGCCCUGGCUGGAGGCUGGACAAGUGGAAGUUUCUCCAAGUGGCCGAAAAGGCUUUGAAGCAAAUGCCCGACGCCAAGUGGUUUGUCUUUAUGGAGACGGAUACCUACAUCAUGUGGUCGCAGCUUCUCCUUUGGCUGGGCCACUUUUGGGAGCAGUAUCCCUACUAUCUUGGAGUGCAGAUGCAGAUUGGUGACGAUGUCUUUGCCUAUGGCGGCGCCGGCUUUGUCUUGUCCAAUACAGCCUUGAGAAUGGUUGUGAAGCAAUACAAGCUGAAGAGAAAGUACUAUGACCUGCUUACGGGAGAUCACUGGGCUGGCGACUGUGUGCUUGGCAUUGUAGCCAAGGAUGCUGGUAUCAAUCUGCAAUGGUCAUGGCCGAACCUGUAUGGCGAGAAGCCAAACGACAUGGACUUUGGCGACGAUUUCGCAGGUGACGAUAUGCACUUGUGGUGCAAUUAUGCUUCGAGUUACCACCACAUGACGCCAGCCGACAUGGUCCAGCUUCACGAGUUUGAGAAUGCAUGGAAGGAAUUGAAUGGUCGGACUCUGCGACAUAAAGACAUUUUCCGCCAAUACCUGUUCCCCCAGAUGAUGCCACUAAAAGCCGAUUGGGAUAACCUGUCAAAUGAAGUCCGGGAUGAAAGCAGUUCUUUGGAGGAGUGUCGGUCCCUCUGCCAGGCCGACAAUGAAUGCAUGCAGUUUACGAUAAAGGGGGAGACUUGCAGCACCUCCAAGAUCAUCAAACUUGGCCAGAAGAGCUCGGCUGCACCAAUGCAGGUGAAUUCGGGCUGGAUGAUGGACCGUGUGAGCAAAUACAUGACGGAUAUGGACUCGUCAUGUUGGGACCAGACUUGGAUACAACCCUGA